UAUAUUCGCGAUAGAGGUGAAGGGGGAGGAUCGAGGAUGGAUCCAUGAAUCAUGCCACUCGCCGUCUUCAAGACUUCAACAUUAUCGAUAAAAGUGGGGUAGAUUGGUGCUUGCAGUUGUUUUUUUUCGCAUUUUGUCAAUAAUUUACGGACUAACGAAUUCGCGUGAUCUUUGAUGAUUUAUACAUAUUUUUCUUCCGAUCGCUGUGCGUUGGUUUUGUGAAUGUGUUUUUUCGUUCGGUUGGUGACUAAGACUUCACGUUCAUAUAAAUGAUUUGAGUUAUGAAUUUUGUCUGCCAAAUGAAAUGAGACUGUCGCUGCCGAACAUGUCCAUUGUCCAUAGAUGAUGUUUUAGUACAUAAAUGAUGACCAACACUCUUUCGGGAGUCGGAAUGUGUUGGGCUUUUUUGUCAGUUACCGCUUCUGUGUUAUGCUGUUCUGGAUACUAUUUACCAUAUUGGAUACAGGGAAGAUUGUUCGGACGAGCAGACACAUACUUUGGACCAUUCAGAAGAUGUAAUUACCCAAAGGUGAACUCGCUCGGCCUAAUCGACAUCAUCUACGAAUGUGGUAGAUAUUCUAAAUUCAGCGACAUUCCCAGCAUUUGGUGGCAAUGUACUACCAUCCUCGUAGGACUCGGUUGUGCGUUAACCUUAUUGGUAGCGAUCACAGCCACAUCAGCGUGCUGUUUUUCACACAUAAUACAAAAUUCAACCGCCAAAGCAGCCGGAGUUCUUCAGCUAAUAGCUGCUUUGCUGGUGUGCGGCGGCGGCGCUGUGUAUCCCGUCGGUUGGGAUAACAGGGAAUUAAAACAAUCUUGCGGGAAUUCGUCUGCAGUUUAUAAGCUCGGAACCUGCCAACUUUCAUGGAGUGUGUACCUACUGGGCUCAGCGGUAGCGCUAUUACUUUUAUGUUUCGCCUUGAGCUUUUGUUCUGCAAGAGAACCCAGCGAACACCCGUCAUUCCGGAUGUCACCUUAUCCUGAUGGAAUAGCAUCGGUAACCUGACAACCGAAACACACCAUCUGUUGUAUUUAGUUGUCCAUUUAUACUUACACGAAAGUGAAUUCCAUAUUGAAAUUUUUGUCACCCUUAUACUCCUCCGGUUGCGGCCUCCGGAUCCCUUACAUGUUUUGUAUACGUUGACUUUUUUUUCUCUCUCUUUAUACUCGUACCUUUACCUGUAUAUCUAAUGUUAGUAUGUUUGUGUGUGGUUUUUCUCCAUGUGUGUGCGUUUGUGUGUGAGCGUGUUUUUUUUUUUAAAUAUUUAUUUUAAUUGUGUCGUACGAAUACCUAGAUACGUAGGUACCUAACUAUUCUUUGUGCGGUCGAAUGAGUAGAUUUUUUUUACCUACGACGAAUACAUUCAGAUGUAAAUUCAACUCGAGCGCAUCAAACAGCACCGAAUAGGUAAAGUUUUCAUUUGUCAUAUUUCAAAGUAUACCUACCUGCGUGAAUUGAAAUUAAUGACUAGGCGGAUCGCAAAUGAUAAAUUGUCUUUUUUUUUCUUUUUCAAAAAAAGGUAAAAAAUGUCGUCGAAUAUCUUCAUUAAAAAUAAUUGUUGUAGCGAGAAAUGUUUAGUAAUUAAGUUACCCGAGUAAUUACGCAGUAUCGUAAUUACCGUUUUGUAUUUUUCUAUUUUUUACCCCCCUUUUUUUCGAAAUACCUACGAUUUGCCCCGAUUUUUAAUGUGCCCUAUCCGUUUAGCUGUGUACGUUAUUAUUUUUCUAUAUACGUGAUGCUGCUUUAGAAACCUUCCCCUCCCCCUCCUCCCGUCUUCUUUUUAUUCGUUUGGGUUAGAAAAUGGGGAAAAAAGUAAUGAUAAUCAAAAAUAGUGAGAUUUACGUCUCGUAUAUCGAUUCUUUGCUCGAAGGUUUCUGGCAGAAAAAUAUUUCAAACGAAAUUUUUUAGAAAACAUUUUUUCCCAAAAUUUAUCUUUGUGUGAUUUUUUUUCUCCAGCCAUUUGAGUGCGAUUGAAACAGAAUGAUGAUUCGUUAUUACAAAGCUCUGUUCCCUUCCCAUCUACUCCCUUACUUUGACCCUCAGAAACAAUACCCACUGUUACGGAAAAUUGACAAUUCCAAAUUGUUUGUUUGCUCUGUUACAAUUUCGAAAAAGAAACAGAAGGAGUUCAUCUCAGGAGACUUUUCUUUUUCAAAAACUGACACAGGUAGGUUGAAAAAAUACAGACGAAUCUCGGAUAUAACACGUUUUCUAACCCCCUUACGCGACAAUUCCUCGUUGAAAUUGCGUUCAUUUGGUAUAACAACUCGUUUUUUGAGUGUACGAGUAGGUAAUCUCGUAACACAAGAUAGAGAUUUGUUUACACACAACGAGGGGACGAGAGGUAGAGAGAGAAAGAAAGAAAGAAAAUGCCUACUACCUACGUCAUGCGCCAUCGCGUCGACAAUGUAUUUUUAAUAAAAUCUUGAAAAUCCUAACAUAUUGGAAAAAAAUUUCCUAUCGUCGAGAGAGAACGAGAAAACGAGUGAAGAACUCGACGCUAUCGAAAUUACAAAUUAGAAGUACACCACUCGAGAAUGAAUGUGAAAUAGGGCACGUGAGAAAACGCGCGUCAAACACCUGCAGCGAACUAUUUCCAUACACGAUACACCCCUGUGUAGACUCUCUCUCUUAUCUAGUCUCGGGUAGGUAGGUAGGUAUUUUCCUUAUCGAAAUCGAAAGGCAAUUGUGUAUUUGGAAAAAAGCUCGCACGAGUUUCAUUAAAAAUAAGCGAGGGGAGUUGGAUGAGGAACGAUUCGCCUACAAUGAUUUUUUCCCCCUUUGGAGGAUGGUUGUCUCGUCGUUCUCCGUGUGUAUGGCGAAUUGAAAAUGGAAUUUGCGAAUUUGGCAAUAAAAAAUACACGUCUAUUCGAUGAAGGUUUAGAAGCCUAUGAUGAAAAUUAAUCGAAUGAAUGCAUUCGAAUGAACGGAAAUGAGUUUUUUAGUAAAGGGGUGGUGUGGUGAGGUGUCUAGGCAUAUAGUGGGUACAAAUUAAAAUGCGAAAAAUGACGGAAGUACCUGUGUUGAAAAUGAUUGCUAGUUGAUUCAAUGAUAUUAACUACCUAGCGUAGAAGUGGAGUUGGAAAUAGAAAAUCACUUGAUGGCGAAAAAUGAUGAAUUAAAGUUCGGCAUGCAUCUAAGAAAAUCAACUUUUUUAAAAAUUUGCCCAUUUAGGGGAGAGAAUGUACCUGAUGAGAUCUGACAAUUGGGUGCAGGUAAGUAUCUCUGCAUCCAGAUCAAAUCAUAUCUACUUGUUGGGAAAUGAUCAGAUGUGAUUUUUAAGAUUUAUUUGAUCGGGUCUGAUCAGACCUUUUUAGACCUGUUUGAUAAAGUUUGGUUAGAUCAUUAAUCCAGGAAUUUUCUACAUCCAAACAGAUCUGACCAAACUUGAUCCGACUCAAUCAUUUUCUCCCAAGAAAUCAUUUAUGCCUACGUAUUUAAUGCUUUUGAUUCAGUUUUGAAUAAUUACAGAUAAAUUACCUACUUACUCUGCGAUGAAUCUGAUCAUUUGUGCCCAAUUAGGAUUUUCCAUAUCUAAUCAAAUCUACCUAAUCAGAUCGAUGGUUCUGAUCAGAUCAGACCUUUCAAGAUGUGAUUAGCUCCAAUAAUGGUAAACCUGAUUGGAUCUGAUCAGACUAAAACAGAUCUGAUCAGAUCCAGACAUCUCUCAGACCCAAAUAAUCUGACCAGAUCAAAUGAGAUCACAGAUUUGAUCGAUUUGGUCUGUUCAGAUCUGGAUACGACUAACCGUAAGAAAAAAAGGUUACCUAUGUGAAGGUGUAGCCUAUCUUCAAAAUUGAAGGGGCAAAAUACUUUUUCAAAAUCUAAGAGCUAAAAUCCAAUUUUGCCCAUGGGGGAAAGUAAUAAUUUAAAAAAUGAACAAAAUUACCUAUCAUGACUUUUUGCCCAACUUGCAAAUUGAAGGGGCUACAAAUGAUUUUUAAUUUUGAAAAAUUGCGAUAAAAAAAAUAAGUGCGAAAAGAAAUACUACGUAAAAAAAUAAACAAAUUUUGUUACCAUCAUUUUUAUUUUCACUCUAAAAUUUGAAAAGUUUUUGAAGCUCAAAUAUUGUCAAUUUAACAAAAAUUUUAGCAAAUCGAACAUUUUUGAGCUUCAAAAACUUUUUGAAUUUCAGAGUAAGAAAAAAAAACACUCACGCAAAAAAGCGUGAGAUAACCGGCUUUUCAGAAUUAAAAAACGUAUUAAAAUAUUAAGCGUGAACAGAGACAUUUAAAAAGUUGUAUUCUGAGAGAAUUAGAAGCCAUGUUUUUUAUAUGCAAGGAGUUUAUUUUUUGGCUUUCAAAAUUUUAGGAUUUUAAAGAUUUUUUUUAGGAUAGGUAUUGAAAAAGAAAUGAGAACAGGCCUAAGUUGAGGGAUGGAAGAGGCAUCAAAACAAUGCUUUUCAUGUUUCGCACCAUAUUCGUAUUCAGCGUUACAAGAAAAAUACUAUUUCAUGUGUCGCACGAACAAAACACUUUUUUGAAUCUUUACCCCCUUUGGGGAGGUGCCGGGGGCCGUGGACGGGGUCCAAUCAAAAAUCUGACGUCAUAUUCGUGUUCAGCGUCACCGAAAACAUAGAAUUCGAUAUAUCACAUGCCCCAGAUUUUCUUUUGAAAGUUUCACCCAAAAUUGGGGGUGAGGGUGCUCCCCCCCCCCCCGUCAAAGAGUCCCAUCUCGAAACUUGAAUAUUUCGAAACAAGAAAUAAACUGAGAAAUCGUUUGGGUAUUAAGACAGACAUUGGCGAUUGCUAAGCAAAACAUUUAUGCUUUUAAAAAAAUAUGUAGAUGUACCAAAAACAAAACUGAUGAGGAAGUCUGCAAAAGUCUGCAAAAAUGCCACCAAAAAUCAAUUAGGCCUACCUAAGCUGAACUAUCAGAGGAACACGUGAACCGACUUUCCAUCGAAUUCCUAACAAUAAAUAAACUGAGAAAUCGUUUGGGUAUAUUAAGACAGACGUUGCUGAUUAUUGCUAAGCAAAAUAGUUAUUCUUAGAAAAAAAUAGGUAUACCAAAAACAAAACUGAUGAGGAAGUCUGCAAAAGGACGCAAAAAUGACAAAAAAUAUCACUUAAUCUGAAAUAUCGAGGGAACGCCUGAACCGAUUUUAAUAAAACUCGAAAUCUCAAAAUUUCGACAAUACACCAGUCGGGAGGGAUAAAGCACUUUGUUCAAAAUUUCAUAGGUUUCGAGUUUACUCUGCCACAAAUUUGGUACAUAAACACAUAUAUAUCUAUAGUAUAAAGCUACAAGCAAAAAAAAACACUCACGCAAAAAAGCGUGAGAUAACCGGCUUUUCAGAAUUGAAAAACGUAUUAAAAACAUAUUAAUUAUAUUUAUAUCAGUAUAACAGUUUUAUAAAUAUAAAAAAAAUAUCUACAUCGUAAUCAACUUCGGGUCAGUUAUUUAUUCACUAGUUUCUCAAGUAUUACAAUAGCGUAAUUAAUUUUAAAUUUGCAUAAUAUUUCAAUUCAUUGAAAUAAAGGGUAUAGGAGGAUUAGGUACGGUUUUGGGCCCAGAAAUGGAUUUCGACGAAAUUCACACCAAAGGUUACCCAUGAUGAGAAGAUACGCUCAAAAAAUUUUCAGACCCCCAGACCUUUUUUUCAGGGGGGGAGGGGCCAAAAUGUGUUUUUUAAACUUUAUUUUCCAGUGUUUCGCCAAAAGUAGAUAAAAAUUUCGCGUUUUUUUGUAUCAAUUCUUAAGGGUAAGGGGAAGCCCCUGAAAUUUUUUCAAAAUUUUUCGGACCAUUUUUCACCAAACUGUGGCGUUUUGAAAAUUUUGAGCGGCCAUUUUGUAAAGAAGUUGCGGAGGUACAGUCACCAUUUUUUUUCCUAAAAUACGUUAUUUAGUCAAGAUUAUACCAUAAAAGUUUCAACGAGUUUGAGUUGGUGCAACACUGUCAAAAAAAAUAAAAACUGACCACGCGUCAUAUUUGCCGGGGGUUGGGCAUGAUAGUCCACGGCGCUAUCGUGGGAAGUUACGUAGCGUUCGCGCGCGUUACUGUCGUUCGUGGUUGUCUCAUAGUCCAGUCAAAUAGGGGGGAAAAAUGGGUGAACCACAUACUCGUUAUUCCAAUCAAAUAUUUUUUGGUGAAUAUUGUCAGAAAUGUCAACCUCCUCCCUUCAUAUAUACCCCUCGAAAUGGUGUUUUUUCGUCUUAUUUCAUGUUUUUUAACAUUGAAAAUUGCGAGGAACAAUUUUCUAAACAUGUUUUUUGGAUGUAUUUACGACCCCUCAAUAUCAUAUAUUUUUUCAAAAUUUUUGUUUUGGCAGGUCCGUCAUGGUGAAAAUUUGAAAAAACGAGUCAUAGAGGGGGUAAAAUUAGUAUUUUGGAAGAAUUAACUAUUAAUGAGUGAGGUGUCUUUUCCGCAUGAUUCGAUACCACUAAGCACGAAUAUGACGUCAGAUUUUCUGCUGCACUCAUCAAGCCCCCCCCCCAGUGUCUUCACUCCUUCAGCCUCCUCCUCAAUUUUUAAUAUUUUUGAAAUAUAGUUAUUUUGAUGAUAUUGGUGUUUUCAUAUGUUUCAAACCUACGGAGCACAAAUUUUAUGUCAGAUUUUGUUUUGCACCUACCUGGCCUCUCCAGGGCCUCAGUCCCCUCCUCAAUUUCUACUGUUUUUUAAACGGAACUACUUUUAUAAUAUUUGUGUAGUUUUCAAGUGAACCGAACUACCUGAAUGGAAAUACAAACGUCAGAUUUCGUUUUACUCGCACCCAGCCCCUCCGGAGCUUCUACAGGGGCCGGGUAAGUGUAAAACAAAAUCUGACGCAACAUUUGCGCUUGGGAGGUUCGAACGACACCAGUAUCAUAACGUCAUUAUGAGGGGGUAAAUAUGAAGGGAGGGGGUUGAAAUUUCUUAUGGGUACACCCCUUACAAAUGUUUACAACGUACUUAAAAAUGAGAAAAAUCGGUUCACAUGGAGCUGAGAAAAUAAUUUUUAUUCCAUUCCAGAAAAAGGGUGUUUUUCAAAAAUGGGAUGAGGGGGUCUGGAGAUCUGAAACUUUCAAUGCGGAAGUUCCUCGUUAAGUACCUUUACCUACCUAGUACCUACCUACCUAACAUGCAAAUAUCAAUCCAAAAGCUCACGGAGCCCAUUUCUAAAAAUUACGUCACUUCGAGGGAUCGUAGCGUCACCCCCUUGGGGCUAGGGAGUUGUUUGAUAGAUCAUUCGAUAGGUAUUUGAGAGGACAUAAAAUGAUCACAAAGCUCAUUCUACUCGAAAGUUGAUAUUUUAGAAGUUUUUAACGAAAAUCUGAUUUUGAAGGGGUGUGAUCCACUGUGGGAGGGGUCGGGGGGAUUUUAAUAUGUUGUUCACCACACUACUCUUGACAAUAUUCACCAAAAAAUAUUUGAUCGGAAUAACGAGUAUGUGGUUCACCCAUUUUUCCCCCCUAUUUGACUGGACUAUGAGACAACCACGAACGACAGUAACGCGCGCGAACGCUACGUAACUUCCCACGAUAGCGCCGUGGACUAUCAUGCCCAACCCCCGGCAAAUAUGACGCGUGGUCAGUUUUUAUUUUUUUUGACAGUGUUGCACCAACUCAAACUCGUUGAAACUUUUAUGGUAUAAUCUUGACUAAAUAACGUAUUUUAGGAAAAAAAAUGGUGACUGUACCUCCGCAACUUCUUUACAAAAUGGCCGCUCAAAAUUUUCAAAACGCCACAGUUUGGUGAAAAAUGGUCCGAAAAAUUUUGAAAAAAUUUCAGGGGCUUCCCCUUACCCUUAAGAAUCGAUACAAAAAAACGCGAAAUUUUUAUCUACUUUUGGCGAAACACUGGAAAAUAAAGUUUAAAAAACACAUUUUGGCCCCUCCCCCCCUGAAAAAAAGGUCUGGGGGUCUGAAAAUUUUUUGAGCGUAUCUUCUCAUCAUGGGUAACCUUUGGUGUGAAUUUCGUCGAAAUCCAUUUCUGGGCCCAAAACCGUACCUAAUCCUCCUAUACCCUUUAAAAAACAAAUAAAAUCUCAAUAAAGCAUAUUUGGAUAUUUCAUAUUGUUCUUUUUUUCGAGGGUGUUCAUAAUUCAAUUAUGACUGGAAAAUUUUAAAAUUUCUUGGGUUAAUUUUUGAUUGUGAUUUUAAACAUUACCACGUCGUAAUCAACUUCGGGUCAGUUAUUGAUUCACUAGUUUCUCAAGUAUUACAAUAGCGUAAUUAAUUUUAAAUUUGCAUAAUAUUUCAAUUCAUUGAAAUAAAUUUUAAAAACAAAUAAAAUCUCAAUAAAGCAAAUUUGGAGAUUUCAUAUUGUUCUUUUCAAAUAGAAUUCAUAACAAUGUCUUUCAAUAUGCAAAUUUUAGUAUUAAAUUGCUUUUAGAAUUUAAUAGAUAGAAAAUCUGACGUCAUAUUCGUAUUCAGCGUUACAAGAAACGUACUAUUUCAUGUGUCGCACGAACAAAACACUUUAUUUAAUUUUUACCCCCUUUGGGGAGGUGCCGGGGGCCAUGGAUGGGGUCCAAUCAAAAAUCUGACGUCAUAUUCGUGUUCAGCGUCACCGAAAACAUAGAAUUCGAUAUAUCACAUGCCCCAGAUUUUCUUUUGAAAGUUUCACCCAAAAUUGGGGGUGGGGGUGCUCCCCCUUCGUCAAAGAGUCCCAUCUCGAAACUUAAAUAUUUCGAAACAAGAAAUAAACUGAGAAAUCGUUUGGGUAUUAAGACAGACAUUGGUGUUUGCUAAGCAAAACAUUUGUGCUUUAAAAAAAAAUAGGUGUACCAAAAACAAAACUGAUGAGGAAGUCUGCAAAAGUCUGCAAAAAUGCCACCAAAAAUAAAUUAGGCCUACCUAAGCUGAACUGUCAGAGGAACACGUGAACCGACUUUCCAUCGAGUUCCUAACAAGAAAUAAACUGAGAAAUCGUUUGGGUAUAUUAAGACAGAUGUUACUGAUUAUUGCUAAGCAAAAUAUUUAUUCUUAGAAAAAAAUAGGUAUACCAAAAACAAAACUGAUGAGGAAGUCUGCAAAAGGACGCAAAAAUGACAAAAAAUAUCACUUAAUCUGAAAUAUCGAGGGAACGCCUGGACCGAUUUUAAUAAAACUCGAAAUCUCAAAAUUUCGGCAAUACACCAGUCGGGAGGGAUAAAGCACUUUGUUCAAAAUUUCAUAGGUUUCGAGUUGACUCUGCCACAAAAUUGGUACAUAAACACAUAUAUAUAUAUAUAUAUUUGCUUGCGACCAGACAUGUCAACUAUGCUUGGCAUAUCAAUACCACCUAUAGUAAAAGGCCUGAGCGCUGAAUUCUUAUCAGCUCUGACGUCACCACAAGUAGAUGACUCGAUUGUGUUUACCAUUUGAAUUUUAACGUAUGUUUAAAUGGCGAAUUCGUGAAAUUGAGUAAAACUUUCGUUAAAAAAGUUAUUUAAAUUAUGAAAUUCAAUUAUUAUUUGUCAUAAAAUGUGUUCUAGUAAUGUAGUACUGAUGUUUUCAAUCACAGAUGGUGUUGGUUUAUUUGAUUUGUGUACAAAAAUGAAUUUUUUGCGACUCAUUCGUGUUGUGUAAUUUGAAUGAAUAGUGAUGUAAACUGUAGAUUAAAAUGAAAAUUAAUGUGUACUAGUGUGUUGUACCGGAAUGAUGUUGUAAUGAAAUAAGUAGUUAGUGAACAAUGCAAUCGCAUCAAGUUGGAGAAAAA